AACUUAUAUAUUUUUUAAAUUAAAUUUGUGCAAAAUGAGUAACAAAAACGCAAAGAAAAACUUAGUAGAAUCUGUUCAACAAGAAGAUGUACUGCAGGCAGUUGUUUUGGCUGAUAAUUUCAGCAGAAAUUUAGCUCCUUUGACUGAUGAAAUGCCUUUAGCUUUGGUUCCAAUAGUAAAUGUACCACUACUAGAUUACACGUUGGAGGCUCUAUCUCUGUCUGGUAUUCAAGAAGUAUUUUUAUUUUGUUCUACACAUAUUAAAAAAAUUAAAGACUUUAUAAGUUCAAGUAUUGAAUCACGUCACAGUUGGUCUCUUACACUUUCCAUACAAAUUGUGAGUUCUGACGGUUGUCGUUCCUUCGGAGAUGCUAUCAGAGAUUUAGAUGCCAAAGGAUUACUUAGAUCAAAUUUUGUACUUUUAGGAGCUAAUACAGUCACAAAUGUCAAUUUAUCAGAAGUCAUGGAAUUUCACAAACAACAAUGUAAGAAGGAUAAAGGUGCUGCAAUGACUCUAGUUUAUACAACAACCGGAUAUGGACAGUCGUGUUCUGAGGAUGUUAUUUUAGCACUGGAUGCUUCUAAUAAUAGAAUUUUAUAUCAUCAAAGGCCUGAAAAGAAACAGAGGAAUAUAACGUUGCCACUGGAAGUGAUCUUGGAUCACCCAGAAGUAGAAAUGCACCAUGAUGUACAAGAUCCAGGAAUUGCCAUCUGUUCUCCUGUUUUCUUAUCAUUGUUUACAGACAACUUUGAUUUUCAAACUCGAGAUGAUUUUAUCAGAGGGUUAUUAAUCAAUGAAGAAAUUUUAGGGAGCACUUUGUAUUGUUAUCCAUUGACUCAUAAUAGUUAUGCUGCGAGGGUUGAUAAUUGGCAAAUGUAUCAACUUGUGAGCCAUGAUAUUGUAAACAGAUGGACAUAUCCUUUAGUACCGAAUAUGGGAAUUUCAUUAUUCAAACAAGUAUAUAUGACGUUGAAGAAUAAUAUAUACAAAUCAUCGACAUCAGUUCUUGGCAGGUCUGUUAAUCUCAAAGAAGACGUCGUGAUUUCAGAAAACUCUCAAAUACAAGAACAAGCUUACAUCACGAAUUCGAUCAUUGGAAAGAAUUGUAGGAUUGGAAAACGUGUUAAAAUUAUGCAUUCAUAUUUAUUCGAUGGAACCGUUGUCGAGGACGAUUGCAAUGUUGAGAAUUCUGUGAUAGGCUUUGGAAGCCACCUGAAGACUAAAUCAAAUGUAUCAAGUUGUGUUUUGGGACAGAAAGUUGUUAUACCGGAGAAGAUGUUUGUUGAGGAAAAGCUGGUGCAGUGUCAUGAUGACGAUUAUGAAGCAGAGAUUCGUUGUACUCGGUUAGCCGAUAAAGCAUUUGCGAUAUCGAAUUUGGAUUUGGACAGCGACAGCGACGAUGAUGAUGACAAAGUAGAAAAAAAGGAGACUAAAAUCAUUUUAGAAAAACUUAGGCCGAGUAGUCCUUUGAGUGAUUAUAUUUCUAGUGAUGAUGAUGAUGUCUCCGAAGCCGGAAAGAGUCCUGUACCGGAAGAUAGUAACGUUUUCCUCUCUGAAGUCAUCGACAGUCUGGCCCGAGGCUUCGACGAGCGUCUAAACUGCGACUAUUUAAUUCUGGAAAUAAAUUCAUCAAGAUACGCCUACAAUAUGGCACUGAACGAGGUCAACUAUUUCGUUAUCAGGGCGCUAUUUAGCUUACCACAAAUUCAGAAUUCUCAAGAGAAACUGGCGACUACGAUGGAAGUAUUGAAAUAUUUCACCCCGGUUAUGCUGAACUAUAUAAAGGGAACCGAUGCUAUGAACGACUGUUUGAAGGCGAUAGAGGAUUCGUGUGAGACACAUGCUUUUGUGAAGACAGGUCUAUCGAAAAUAGUUCAUUAUUUAUAUGAUGCUGAUGUUGUAAGCGAGGAUUGCAUCAUUGCUUGGAACAAUUUAUUAGAUGAUGAUUUGCAGAAAUUAUUGUCUAAACUUGUCGAAUGGCUUGAAGAGGCCAGCGAGGAAAGCGAGGAGGAAAGUGAUUAA